GAGAUGACAAAUUGGCAACUGAGAAACAAUUUAUGUUUACAUUUGUUUAGGUAUUGGUGCUGUCCGUUAUUUUACGUUGACACUAAUGUCUCUUGACUAAUUACUUGUUACAUCCUUAGAAAGCUCUGUCUGAGCAGCAGUGCAUGUCAAAUGUUUGAAAUGCAGAUUGAAUUAAUGAGCCGCUGUAUAAAAUAGAGGAUUGUCUUAAAGUGUUUACAACACUCCUUGAUUGUCGACAUUAGGACACAACUCCACAAAGCGGAAAAUUGGUUUCUUUGGAUUGGAUACACGAGAGGACAGUGUUGCAGCCAGCUGCACACCACAAGACACUGCAUAUACCUACAAAACAGGCAACACAGGGAGCACGUGGCAAUUGAAAAAGAACUACAAUUGGAUGGUGCCAGGCUCUCAUCUCUUCAACUCACUGAAACAUCAAGUGCAAAGUAAUUUUUACUUGAGUAUAGGGAGAUUGUAAGGCCAGAGACCAUAUAUGUGGUUAGUGAUAAAAAGGAAGUGGCAUGAUGGUCAUUAACAGUUAUGCAACUUCUGUGCUGACAUGAAGGUUAUGCAGAAAUAAUGUCUUAGCAUUUAACAACCUAUUGAAAGAUGAUGUACAUGCAAUACUAUUAUCAGUAGUGCAAACAAUGCAUAAGAAGAGAAUUGGCGAAAUAGCAUGCGGAAAAAUGGAACUAAUAACCUAGUUUAACGCCUGGAAACUUCUUUUUUCAAUUGUGCUGGGAAACCUUAUAUGAAGAUUGAGGAAACAAGUUACCCUUUUAAAAAGUCAAUGUCUGUAACGCUGCUAGCAGAAUAUUUUCAGAGAUAUAUUUGUCUGUUUGAAGAGCUCCAAAAUUUCAGUCCCACUUAUAAAGAUGAAUAGAAAAGGUGAUAUUACAUUGAAUGAAGAGACAGAUAAGAAUACUGAUGUUCAAGAACAGGUAGAAGAAGAGAAGAAAACUUCCGAAGGACAGAAUGUCGGAGAAGAUGGCAUGGAGUGUCAAGAUGAAGAAGGAGCACACAAAAAGAGAUCUCAAAGACAAGAAGAAGACAAAUUACUAAACCAUUUACGGCAUAUUUCCAAAACUAUUGUUAAGCCCGGGGAGUGGGGAACUAAACCUCAAGAGUUUGCAGAGUGUAAAGUGAAAAUAACAGAUGUUUCAUUUGAAGGAGUAGAUGUAGAUCCAACUAGUUGCUACUUCAGUAAUUCCUUUAAUGGAAUAAUAAAAAUCGGAGAGGCAGAUAACGACCUGGAUCGAUUGCUAGAAUUGUGUGUUCAGUGUAUGUUCUUGAGAGAAACCAGUCAUUUUGUGAUAGAAGUACCAACAAAACCUCUUUGCCAGUCAAAAUAUGAAACUAGACCUAGCAUUAAGGGUAACAUAAAAUGUAUUCUAGAACUUGAGGAGUUACAUAAUGAUGAAUUGUUGUUUGAUUGGAGCAAAGAGAAGAAAUUUUCUAUAGCAACACUAUAUAAGGAGCAAGGUGUGAAUCUUUUUCGUGCUGGUCGUAUUAUAGACUCCUUCAUAAAAUUUAGUAAAGCUUUCAAAAUUAUUGUUACUAUAGGUUCUCUAGAAUCUUUAUCCAGAAAGUCGCCUCUAGACAAAGACAUUCUAUCACUGCGAGUUAACUUGUUAAAUAAUAUGGCAUCAUGUCAGCUUCAUCAGAAGAAUUUUCAUUAUGUUAUUGUACUAUGUCAGAAAGUGUUAAAAAUUGAUGAGAAUAAUGUGAAAGCCCUAUAUAGGAAUGCUGUAGCGUGUAAAGAGCUCCAUAAUUAUGAAACAGCUGAAGACAAUUUGAAAGCAGUUUUGAAAAUUGAGCCUAACAACACUGCAGCAAAAGGAAGGUUGCAAGAAGUGAGAGAAGUUACAAAAGAAAUGAAUGACCGAUAUGCAGCAGUUGUGAAAAAGAUGUUUAAGUAGAACGUAUCAGAUUUUGUCACAUUGGCCAUAAUAUUCCUAUCUGUUUCAUGUUUCUCACAGGCAUAAGUGUUGCCUUUGAACUGUUGAAUUUCAACAAAUGAUAGGGAUAUUUGUAACUAGUAUCCAGACAGUAAAAUGUUUUUCAUUUAAUUCUCUCCAUUUCCCCGAGAAGAAAAUGCCAGCAAACUAAAUACCAGCAGCUACAUUACCACAAGUCCACAACAAUGAGUGUUAAUGUAUUUUCAGUGCAUGAACAUGGUAGUGUGAAACUAGAUACUAUUACUUUCAUGUGUUUUGUUGAAAUUAUUCUGAUAUAAUAUGAUCAGUCUUUUGAUGGAAGGUGUGGAGCUUCCACAAAAGUUCAGUGAACCACAGUGUGUGAACAGCUGUUAUCUGUUUACAGAGCAGAUCAGUCUUUUUAUCAAAUUGCAUGAAUUUUGUAAUCAUAAGAAGACAAUAAGAUGAACCAUGUUUUUAAAACUUUGUGCAAUGUGGUUAUUUUUUAAGCUCUUGUAAAUCACUGGUGAGAACUUUGUUUGUUAAAUCUAAAGCUUUCUAAUGCAGAAACAAUAGUUUUUGAAGAAUUUAAAAUCUUAGUGAUAUAGAGAGUAUUUUAGGAAAUGCAUACAGAAAGUGACAGUUUCUUUAGAACAUAAAAAAGAUGAUUUGAGGAGCCAUAUAUACAGGCAAGCAAAAAUGUGGAAGCAAUGAAAUGCAUGUGUGGGAUAUAAGUAAAAUAGUUGUCCUAUUGAUGAGAAGGAUCAGCCAUUUACUGAAAGGGCCAUCACCUCUUUGCUAAUAGUCAUCAUUUGUUUCCAUUAUAAAUCAAACUAUUGCAAUCGGUUUAUUGUAUUUAUCAGAUCUCCGAACAUACUUUUUGGCAUCUCCUAGUAUACUUUUUAACAUCUGCUUUUGAAUUUCACACUGUCCUUCAUUAUUUUCUCUGUUUCAAUUCUAAAAGCAGCAGAUCCUCACACAUCUGUAGGACUAUUUUCAACAUAACUGCAAUACUUAAUUCUGGAACAAGCUUUUAUAACUAUACUUGCCCUAGCAUAUAUUUUUUUU